GGAUAACAGACAACAGAGUUUAUCUUGGUCUAAAAUAGUUCCCAUCAUGGCCAGUGUUCCGAUAUUGGUUCUGACAUUGUCACUCGGCCUUGCACAGGCCACUUACGACUGCCGACGCCCUAACCAGGCCUGUCUGAAUAACGGGAACUGUACCUUCACAUCACCCAACUGCACCUGUACCACGGAAUACAGUGGUUAUGACUGCGGCCUUCAAUUAGUUAACGUUGAUCAACACAACUGUACCACCACUACGUGUGUCAAUGGAAGCACCUGCUAUGACGACGGUACCGGAGCCAAAUGCUACUGCGACAGCGAACACUACGGCGACAUGUGUGAAAAAGAUCGAUUUUCUCUGACCUGCGUUGCGGACUUGAUGGUCAUUGGGAUAAACCCGUACAGUACUUCUGGAUUCGAAGCUUUCGUGGAGGACAAGAAAGGCAUCAUUGGCUGUGGCUCCCGGAGAGUGCCCACCACGGUAGACACGUUCGAUAAGAUCCCUGACAGCUGGGAGGGGCAUUACAUCCAAGUAGAACAUGACAGUGCAGCCUGCGGCCCCAGUGUGCCAGUCAUUACUGGCGAGAGGAAAGAAUUUAACCGUGUGGUGGUGGUCAAAUACAGUCCGAAUCUGCUGACCGACAUCGACGACCGCUACUAUGUUAAGUGUAUCCUGGAGAAAAACGUAGUGGUUGACAGCAGCGUCGUCAGGAUCAACGUCCCUGGCGUGAACAGCCAGCACGUAGUGUCCCGCGAGGAUAUUGCCAAGGCGGUGGACUUCUAUCUAACUGUCAGCGGUGGCCUCUACAAGGAAGAUCCUGUUGACGUCGGGACAGAACUUAAAUUCACAUUUGGCGUACAAGCGGUAUACACGUCAAUGCGGGUGGAGGAGGGGGAGGCCAACAACACCAUCUCCAACGACACGAAGACGCUGAAGCUGAUAGAAGGAAGUUGUAUACACUCUGACGGGUUCCCUGUCAUCUCAGAGGCUGUCACCCCCGACUCUAGCAACAAACAGGAGUUAAACCUGAAAAUAAGGGCUUUCCACUUCGACGGAAAUGACGAAGUGAUUUUCUCCUUCCGGGUCAGAGUUUGUGUGGCAGCAGACAACUCGGCCUGUGACCCGGUUAACUGCACCGCGCCAGACGGCGGUUACGGCAGAAGGAAGAGGGAUGCCGGGGAUGAGGUGCAGCUUUCCAAGGUGGUGAAGAUCCGGAGUCAGGGCGAAAACUCAAACCCAGAUACUAUCCCUGGCAUCGCAGCCAAGGGCUGUGAGACAUCUUGGGAGAUGACAACAAUCCUCAUCGCCAUGGCUGUGGCCAUCUUCUUCCUCAUCCUCCUGUCUGGCGCACUCAUCGUCAUCGUUGUCUUUUCUCGUCGGCGUCGUCGCAACAGCAGGGAGUCCAAGACUGGUGUGUAUGCAGUGUCAUCAGCCAUCGAGAAACGUCUGUAAUCCUCACAUGAACAACGGACAGAGACUCUCCCCCUUAAUAUGAUUUAAUUUAAUUUAAUUUCUUAAUGUCAAAUAUUUACUGAAGAGGCGAUGCACCUUUACCGAUCCUCAAAUAAUUCUAAUUUCUUUUUUUAUUUCAACGUCUCGAUCAGAAGGUCAAUCCAACAAUUGUUUUGUUAAAAAUGCACAGAGCCUCGUGAAGGGCGAGUUUUCGUUCAUUCAGCUACAGUAUCAGAGCAUGCCACUUCAUCUUGAGAUGUUAACUUCUAUUGCAGGAAUAUUGUUAAAAGCGGCGUAAAACUAUACUCACUCACUCAUCUUUGUGCCUCUUCUUCAAGUUUUAGCUUAUUCCAUAUUACUAAUGACAUCGUAUAAAAACAACAUUAUAAACUCGCUCUCUCCUUCAUUCCCAAUUCGCUCUCUCACUCCUCUCUCACUCUCACUCACUCUGUUACU